UGCUCUCUCACUCAUCACGAGCCAAUUCAAUUAUUGUUUCCUUUCUUCAGCUGCAGACCUGCUUGCUUGGCCGCCGCCUGCCUCUGCCUGCCUCGGGACCUUUUGCGCAGACGCCCUCCGCCUUCCCGUUAUUUCUCAUUUCACUCCUCCCACAUUUACACUCGGCCCCCAUGCUCGGUCAAAUCUAAUCCCAACCAGGCCCAGGCCCAGGCCCAGGCAGCCAUGCCGACGCCGGUGCCCGCCGCGCGCCAGUGCCUCUCCCCCGCCGCCGUCGGCGCCCUCGACGCCGCCGUCGCCUCCGCGCGCCGCAGAGCCCACGCCCAGACCACCUCCCUCCACCUCAUCUCCUCCCUCCUCGCCCCCACCGCCGCGCCGCUGCUCCGCGACGCCCUCGCCCGAGCCCGCAGCGCCGCCUACUCCCCGCGCCUCCAGCUCAAGGCGCUCGAGCGCUGCUUCGCCGUCUCCCUCGACCGCCUCCCCUCCACCUCCUCCUCCUCCCAAAAUCAAAAUGAUCCUGCCGCCUUGGAGCCCCCCGUCGCUAACUCCCUCAUGGCCGCCAUCAAGCGCUCCCAGGCCAACCAGCGCCGCAACCCGGACACCUUCCACUUCUACCACCAGGCCCCAACAACCCCCAACGCCGUCAAGGUCGACCUCUCCCACCUCGUCCUCGCCAUCCUCGACGACCCCCUCGUCAGCCGCGUCUUCGCCGACGCCGGAUUCCGGAGCGGCGACAUCAAGCUCGCCAUCCUCCGCCCCACGCCGCCCGUGCCGCUGCUCGGCCGCCUCCCCGCGCGCGCCCGCCCGCCGCCGCUCUUCCUCUGCAGCUUCGCCUCCGCAGACGAUGCCCAGGUCCCCUCGCCCGCGCCCGCCCUCGCAGGCGCCGCCCCGGGAGAGAACAACCACCUCCGCAUCACCGAGAUCCUCUCCCGCGGACGCAACCCCAUGCUCGUCGGCGUCGGGGCCGCAUCCGCCGCCGACGACUUCGCCAGGACGUCGCCCUACCGCAUCCUCCCCGUCGGCCCCACCUCCGUCAAUCAAAUGGACCUCGCCGUUGCGGCACCCGAUUCCGGCCUCAUCCUGAGCAUCGGUGACCUCAAGGACCUCGUCCCCGACGAGGCUGACCUGCAGCUGCUGGAGAGGGGCCGCCGGGUCGUCUCCGAGGUCACCCGCCUGCUCGAGACGCACAGAGCGGGGCAAACACUCUGGGUCAUGGGCUGGUCGGCCACCUACGAGACAUACCUCGCCUUCCUCUCCAAGUUCCCUCUCGUCGACAAGGAUUGGGAGCUCCAGCUGCUGCCAGUCACCGUCAGGCGCGACGCCGGCCCUGCAGCAGCCGGAGCCAUGCCUCCUGCCACCACUGCCACUACCUUGCCCAAGCCUGCAACAACAAGCAGCAUGAUGGAGUCGUUUGUUCCUUUUGGAGGUUUUAUGUGCGAUGCCUAUGAAGCAAAUAGUCUCACAGCAAAUUCAUGCCCUCAGGCCCUGCGAUGUCAACAGUGCAACGACAGAUAUGAGCAAGAAGUUGCAACUAUCAUUAGAGGAAGUGGCAUUACAGCUGAAUCUCACCAGGAAGAUCUACAUUCUCUGCUGCAGAAUGGCAUCAUGAUGGAUCCCAACAGUGGAUUUGAUGCAGUCAAGGUUAGAGAUGAUCAGAUGGUAUUGAAUACAAAAAUACUGAAUCUACAGAAGAAGUGGAAUGAGGAUUGCCUGCGGCUCCACAAAGGUUGCCAGAGGAUCAACAGAGAUCCCCAGUGGUUUCCACAUUACAUUGGUGUUCCAGAUGACAGAGAAAGAGGACCAAAUCCAAGCCAAGGUUCAGAGGCAGUUUUACCUCAAAGGGAGGUUAUUAAACCUUCGGUGCUGUCUGCUUCACAUAUCAAUACAACUGCAAAGAGUAUUUCAUCGCCAUCUAUUUCCAACCAAAGGAAUGCAGACCUUGUAUUGAACCUUCAAGUCAGGCAAUCAAAGAGUGAUGAACCCCUUAAUGAUAGGGCUGUGCAAUCCCAACUUUCAUCCAAUUGUAACAACCGUGAAGAUCAUGUGUCACCAUCAUCUUCUGCACCUGUGGCAACUGAUUUGGUUUUGGGUACCCCUCGUGGAUCUUCUUCCAAGGAUUCAAGUAAUGCCCUGGGUAAACAUGUAGAGGAUGCCGAUGGGUCAAUACAGCUGAUGCCCAAGAAGGUUGGUGAUUUGAAUAUAAAGCCUCCCCAGUUCUCUGUGCAGCCUUACUCUCGCUCCAGGAGUUCCUCAAAGUGGGGUCAAACAUCACCUAGUGCUCUGCAUUCAGCAGUUUCAGUAGGCACUUCUGCCUUUGGCCAAUGGCAGAGGCCUUCACCCCAUGCAGCACAAAGUUUUGAUUUGAGCAAUUACAAGCUACUCGUGGAACACUUGUUUAAAGCAGUUGGGAGGCAGGAGGAAGCCUUGAGUGCCAUUGGCGCAUCCAUUGUGCGGUGCCGAUCGAUGGAGAGGCGCCGUGGUGCAAACAUGAAGAAUGACAUAUGGUUUAGUUUCCAUGGCCCUGACAGCAUUGCCAAACGGAGAGUUGGUUUGGCACUUGCAGAGCUGGUGCACGGUAGCUCAGAGAACCUGAUUUAUCUGGACCUUAGCCUCCAGGACUGGGGCAACUCCAAUUUCAGAGCAAAGCGUGCCACAGACUGUAUCUUUGAGGAGUUAAGAAAGAAGCCACGAUCAGUUAUAUUCCUUGAUAAUAUCGACAAAGCUGACUGCCUUGUUCAGGAGAGCCUGACUCAUGCCAUUGAGACUGGCAGGUACAAAGACUUGCAUGGGGGGAGGGUGGCUGAUCUUAAUGACUCGAUUGUAGUUUUGUCUACAAGAAUGGUUCAAGGAUGCAAAGAUGCUUCUUUUGGAAUGGAAGAGGGCCAUUCUUUCUCGGAAGAAAAGGUUCUUGCAGCUCGUGGACAUCAACUGAAGAUCAUAGUUGAGGCAGGCACAACGAACAUCGGUGGAGGCCCUGGAGGUAAAGUGGUAGUUUCCUCCAGGCACUCCUUAAGCAACAUUCAAGCAUCUCUGUACUCCAAUUCUUUUAGUAAGAGGAAGCUCAACAUAUCUGAUGAUGGCGGAGGAAAGCUAGAAGAACCGCCGAGCACAUGUAAGCGACUGCAUAGAACAUCAAGCAUUCCAUUUGACUUGAACCUCCCUGUCGACGAGGCCGAAGCCGAAGCCGAUAAUGGUGAUGACGACAGCAGCAGCAGCAGCAGCCAUGAUUACUCGUCUGGCAACCCAGAUGGAUCUGUUGACAACCUGUUGCGUUCAGUUGAUGAGUCAAUCAAUUUCAAACCGAUUGACUUUGGCAAACUCUGCGAGGAAUUGCUUGAGGAGUUUAUCAAUACCAUGAGCAGUGUUGUGGGUUCUGGGUGCAGGUUAGAGAUAGAUGUUGGGGCCAUGGAACAAAUGUUGGCAGCAGCAGCAUGGGCAUCAGAUUCAGAGGAGAAGCGGCCUGUGCGGACAUGGGUGGAGGAGGUGUUUGCCAGGAGCCUUGAGCAGCUGAAGGUCAAGUGUAAGGAUGUGAGCGGGUCUACUCUGAGACUCGUCACGUGCGAGGACACGCUUGUGAAAGAUGAAGGUUUUGGACGUCUACUUCCCUCAAGAAUCAUCACCAUAGAUGGAUGAUGAUGAUGAUGAUGUGUCUGUAUAGGGAUGGUUUAUUUGCAUUAUUGGUAGCUGUAAGUAUUGGCGGCCGUCAUAGUAAAUACUACUAGUAUAGCGGUAUUGAUAGUACAGCAUGACGCCAUCAUUAGUUUUGGUCGCUGAAUAAGCAAAGAGCAGUGUGAUUGCAAAGAUACCUGCUGUCAAGUGGGGCACCAGAUCUUGUAGGCUGGAAACCUGAAGUCUGGAACUGAAAGCUGGAGGUUGCUGGAUUACUUAAAAGAGCAUUCAUGGUGAAUUUGGAUUGGUAGAACACAGACAAUCCCAAUUUGUCAUUCUGCUGCAAGCUUAGUGAGAUACCAUAUGUUGUCUCCAGCCCUGUAAUAUAUGAUCCUAAAGGCUGUACUGGUUAAUGUGUAUGGUUGAUUACGUAUGAUCACAGCAAAGCUUUAUCAUCAUGAAAUCAUGAUUAGUGUAGUCAGUCCAAGAAGGAUGCAUCACGGAAGGUUAGUUUAUUAUCUUUUUCUUGAUUGAGCAAUUAUUGCAUUGGGAUGAUCUGGAAGAUGGGAUUGAAUACAACGAGUACGUAGUUAAAUUUCUGUGUCUUCACAUUGGUGUGCUUUUAUAUCUGCGGUUCAUUCCAGACAUUUGAUGUUUGUGACUUUGUGAGAAGUAGCAGAAGUGAUUUGUUGGUGACUUCUUGGAAUUCUAUACUCUGUACUUUUCAGUUCUGCUCCUGGCCUUUAAUCCGAGUACCAAUUAGUGUUGGUGGAAUGCGGAUGAUUGAUCAAUGUUGCGUUGAUGGUGAUUGGUGUUAUGCUUAUGUGUAUUAACUAGUAUAAGCUGUGUGUUUGCAGCAUAUGCGUACUAAGCUGUGCUUGUGGUAGCUUCUUUUUAAGUUGUUCCUAAGGGUUCAUGAUAUGUUAGAUAAUUCCAUUUACCUGUGUUAACUGAUCAGGGAAUGAAAUCACCACAACUGAUGGUAUUUGUCUUAGUUAUACAUAAAUGGUGGCACUUCUUUUGUUUGAAUGAUGAGCUGUUAUAUUAGUGCUACUUGUCAGAGUGUUUCUUUGGAUGGACAGUUGGGUGAUAUGCCAGCUCACAAUCUUUUGUGGAUGAAGUAUGCAAUAGUUCUGGUGCCUCAUCAUUACAGCUUCCUUCCAUGUGAUGCUUGUAUACUAAGUACAUACUUUGUUUUUGUAGUUGAUUAUCUUAACCUAACAUGUUCCAUGCCUUUGAUGAUGAUACUUGCGGAAGAACUUUACCUUGUGACAAUUAACUAAUACUAUAUUGAUUAUUAAACAUUGAAAGGAGGGUGGAGGCCUUGAUGAUGGACUAAGGUCAGGCCAAAAACUAUUUGGUUCGGGGGAUCAUCGUACUGCAGAGGUGUAGACGGCAUUGUGGCAAAAGGGCACAAGAAGAUUUUGCGCAUGUCUCUUUAGGUUCAUAUUGGUUCAUGAAAAGAUGACAAAUGAUAGCUUGUGUCCCUGGUGAUGCCUUAGAAAGGUUAACUUGUCUCCAAAUUGUCUGUGCCUCUGUAUGCCUACAAAGCACUUGGCAGCUAGAGAGAAUAACGUUUGUCAUUUCUGGUAUGUGAUGAGAAGCUAAAACGGGAUGAUAUGUAGGGCUCUCCCUUCUGUUAGUAUUGUUUAUUGUUUUCAGGAAGAACGCUGAAUAAAGUCUUGAGAAUCA